AUGGAUGGAGAUGAUGGCUUUGAUUAUUUAUUCAAAAUUGUACUUAUUGGAGAUAUGGGAGUAGGCAAAACGUGUGUGGUUCAGCGCUUUCGAAAUGGUACUUAUGUAGAUAGACAAGGAACAACCAUAGGCGUGGACUUUACUAUGAAAACACUCGUAAUAGAUGGCAAACGUGUAAAGUUGCAAAUUUGGGACACUGGUGGCCAGGAACGAUUCCGUACUAUAACGCAGUCAUACUAUCGAUCGGCGAAUGGUAUUGUUCUGUGUUACGACAUUACAUGCAAACAAUCGUUCAACAGUUUGCAAAGGUGGAUUGACGACGUUUCAAAAUUUGCUGCACCAAAUGUUGUAAAGCUAUUAGUUGCAACUAAAUGUGACCUUGAAGAACAGCGAGUUGUUGAAAGAGAAGAAGGUGAAUUGGUGCAGAGGGCAAACGGCAUGAUAUUGAUGGUUGAGACAAGUGCUAAAAACAAUGUCAAUGUUGAUGCAGCUUUUCUGGAAUUGGCUACAAUCUUGAAACGUCAAUACGAUCAAGGGAUUCAUCGAGAUUCUGCCAGCAAUGAAACUUUCCGUCUCGGCGCAGGCGGUUCGACACCUAUUGGCUCAACAUGGUCGCAGUGUUGUCAGUGGUAA